AUGGAGCUGCUAUUGAGUCAACUUCACUUCUGUAAGGUAUUCCUGCUGCUGGUGCUGUCAAACUUGUUGCUGUGGAAAAAAGCUGCAUCAAUUCCUGCAUGUCAGGCAAAAGAGGGCGGCUGCUGGGACCCGCUUGUGGAAACAUUUAACAGUGCCAUUCAGAAAGCUGAAACUCUCCAAAAUCUGGCUAACCAAUUCUAUGUAGAGUUUUACCACAACGAAUUCUCAUCUGGACAAUUUGCAGCUCUUUCUUUACAACUGAUGAGGAAGGAUGAGGUUGCUUUCAGAGCUGGAACUUACUGCCAUUCUACUCUCACCAACCCCCCAAACAAGGGAAUUCAAUAUAUAACUAUUGAAAUUGAAGAUUAUUUAAAAACUUUGAUAAAUUUUGUGGGUUCCUGGGUUGGCCCUCUGUACCAUCUAGUGAUUGAACUGAGUGCCAUGAAAGAUGUCCCUGAAACUAUCCUCUCAAAAGCCAAGGAGAUCGAAGAGAAAAACAGACAAAUCCUGGAUGACCUUAGGUGGAUACUCACCAGGGUCUAUCCUAAAGCAAAGACAAAGGAAGAAUUUUCCAGCUGGGAACAUCUUUCAUUCUUAAAAUCAAGUAACAAAAAUUAUAAAUUUUUGGCAAUGUUUAACCUUUCCGACUGCCUAGAGUAUGACACACAGUUCACUCUAUUUCAUCUCAGAUUAUUGAAGUGCCGCAUAACUUCAGAAGAUUGCUAA